AUUGAUCAUCUUUGGAGAAAUUAUCAACAUUUUUUAAUUAGUAAUUUCGUGUGAGAAUAUUUAAUUUCGCUACUAGAUUCUAGGAAACGCUUUGAUACCACAAUUGCCCUAUAUAUAUGAGAAAGAAAACUCACUCCCGUAGAGAUUGAAGUAACUACUUUAGUUUUGCUUUUAUACCCUCUAAAAAAUGAAUCAAACAUCAUUAAAGACGAUGUUUUUGGUCACCUUUCUCCUUUUCAUCUACGGUUUGUUUAUCUCAUCUGUUUUGGCUGACAAAGGCUCGAUAAUUAACUCCGCAUGUAUUGACAUAGAUCUUUGCACAGGGUGCCUCUCAUGCGGGGGAAAGAACAUAAAUGAUGUCUACUAUGCUAUUCAAGCCCUUCUUCUCCUAAAUGUUGCCAUUAAAGCAUCACCUAUUGAUUAUCAUCAUACACUUAGACAUCCAUUUGUUCGUGUUUUUCAACAUCUUAUUAAAGUUUUAGGUCUUAAUUUUAAAUCAUUAUCGACAAAAAAGUUUCAUUGUGCUUCAUGUUAUGUUAAUAAAAGCCACACGCUAUGCUUUGGCCCAAAUUCUUUUACUUCCAAUAAACCAUUACAACUCAUUUAUUAUGAUGUUUGGGGAUUUAUUCAAAAAUCGAUUGAUGACUUUGCUUACUAUGUCAUGUUUGUGGAUCAGUACUCAAAAUAUAUUUGGUUGUAUCCUAUUACAUAUAAAUCCAAUGUCUUAAAAAUCUUCACUCAAUUUAAACUUCAAUUCCAAAAAUAUACUAACACACCCAUCGUUUCCAUAUUCAAUGAUAAUGGUGGAGAAUAUCAAGCUCUUAUACCGCCGUUCCAAUCCAUGGGGAUAUCUCAUUACACCCCUCUCCCUUACACAACCAAGCAAAAUGGCACAACUGAACGGCGCCAUCGACAUAUUGUUGAAACGGGUCUUGCCUUGCUACAUUAUGCAGGCCUCCCUCUAACCUUUUAG